AGAAGAAGAACGUUUAUUUUGAAAAUAACCAACCGGAAAAGGUGUUGAGGCAGAUUGUUGCUGUAUCUACGUCACAGCUCGAGCAGUCUACGGCGCCUUCAGACGCCUCAGAGCCCCAACGGCUGAUCACAAAGCUACUUCACAGUCACGGUAUCUGUGGAAGCUGCAACCUUGUGUGUGUGUGUGUGAGUGGGUGCGUGUAGCGCCGUUCUGCAGUGUGUGUGAUGUCUUCAGAGCUGCUGGUAGAUUUGGGUGAAGACCCCACGACUGCACAGUUAGGACAACUGAAGCUGGCCACGAUAGAGGACCAGCAGUGGCCCGCUGAUGAGUCCACUCUCAGCAAGUCAGAGACAGAUAUCUCCCAGCGCUUUGACGCUGGCUCUCCCCACCUGCCAUGGGACCAUCCCUACUAUGACAUCGCCAGGCAUCAGAUCAUUGAAGUGGCAGGUGAUGAUAACUUUGGCAGGAAGGUGAUAGUGUUUAAUGCAUGCAGGAUGCCUCCUCAGCACCAGCUGGACCAUCACAAGCUGCUGAUGUAUCUUAAAGGAACACUGGAUCAGUAUGUUGAAAGUGACUACACUCUGAUCUAUUUCCAUCACGGGCUGACCAGUGAAAACAAACCCUCUCUCGGCUGGCUACGAGACGCAUACAGGGAGUUUGACAGAAAGUAUAAGAAGAACAUCAAAGCUCUGUAUAUCGUCCAUCCCACCAUGUUCAUCAAGACGCUACUGAUCCUCUUCAAACCACUCAUCAGUUUCAAGUUUGGCAGGAAGAUCAACUAUGUGAGCUAUCUGAGUGAGCUGGAGGAUGUGCUGAAGUGUGAGCAGCUGGUCAUUCCUGCCCGUGUCAAAGAGUACGACAACAAGCUGAGAGCGUCUCUGAAACCGUCCGCCCAGCCUCCCAUGUCUCCUCCUCACAGCCCUCCCCUCCCCAACCAGGUGUUCGGGGUGCCACUUGUAUUGCUCAGACAGAGGAAUCCAGAUGAUGACCUAGUCCCUGUGGUGAUGAGAGACACCAUUAGCUUCCUUUCAGAGCAAGGUUUGGAGAUUGAAGGCAUCUUCAGACGAUCUGCCAACGUGACUCUGGUGAAGGAGGUCCAGCUCAGAUACAAUUCGGGUGAGACGGUGAAUUUCAGAGAGAUAGAAGACGUCCACUUGGCUGCUGUGAUUCUGAAGACAUUCCUGAGGGAACUACCGGAGCCUCUGCUGACCUUCCAGCUCUACAACGACAUUGUCAACUUCACCUCUGUAUCCAGUGACAGCCAAGGGGAAAUUAUGAAGGCACUGGUAGAGUCGCUGCCAGAAGAAAACUAUGCAUCACUGCGAUACCUCGUCACAUUCCUGGCACAGGUAUCAGCCAACAGUGAAGUGAAUAAGAUGACCAACAGUAACCUGGCUGUGGUGUUUGGUCCUAAUCUGCUCUGGGGGCGGGACAACGCCAUGUCACUCAGCGCCAUCGGGCCAAUCAACAACUUCACCAGAGCCCUGCUGGACCAGCAGCAUCUGGUCUUUACCUAAACCCUACCCCUUCAUCCUGCAGUCUCUCUUCCAGUAAGAAGCACCAUUUCCCAUCUCAUUUUGUCCCCCACCAGUCCUUACAUUGUGAUUGGCCCAUUAGCAGUGUGUUGUUGGACUGCUGCUAGCUUCUAGCCCGCAUUUCCAAACCAGGCAUGUGGGUGGAAAUGGUACAUACAUUAGACUGCAGCCACAUAACCCUCAAUAAACAAUAGCACAAAAUUCUACAGCUAAUACGUUGUUGACUAACCAUCCACUCACACUGGGUCACUUUGACUAUGUUGGUUCCAGUGUGAAUGCAUGGUUAGUCUCACACAACCACUGGCUGCAGUUCGGUCACAUAGUACAUUUCUGACUCUUCCGCCACCCCAUUACACCCAACCAACCUUUCAAAACUUCCAGUCCUAAGUGCAUGUGUUUAUACCUGUCUCAGGCUGUCAUCCUUUAUCUCUGUAGGGAGAUUAAUAGCAGUUAGACGUGCCCAGUCAUGCUCUGUAUUCCUGUGCUGUGCUGUUGUCAGUCUGUCUCUCUGCUGUUUUCUAUGUAGUGCCAAAAAACUGCAUAAUCAACGAUAACACAGUGCAGUUAUCAAACGUCCCCUCUAGGAUUAUGAUCCCAAACUUAAAGAGAGGAGAGAUGAAGAGAAUGGAGGUGUGAACGUCUCAGGUUAAAUUACAAAUGGUGAACUUGGUACCAAAUGUUGUGGACAAUCUUUGAAAUGCUGUAACUAUAGUAACCAGGAGAAACCGAGCUGUGUGAUUCCACCAGCAGGUCAUUAAUUGUUAGAACCCAAACACAGCUGUGCAUGUGGAUGAAAUGAGUGCUGGACCUGGACCUGGACCUGGACCUGGACUGAUUUCAGACUGAGGAGCUCUGUAAUAUACUGUACUAUAUCCUAAUAGUGACUGAUAUUUAUGAUUCUUUAUGGCUCUCUCAUUACUAAAGGCCUAUUUGACCUUAACAUUGUAUUAAUAAUAUAAUCUCUGUAUUUCCACACUUUUUCCCAUCACAUUAUAAUUGUCUUAAGCACUUUUUUACACCAUUUUUUUUUUAAUGGUAUGGGAUAAUAAUAUUUAGUAAUACAAAAACAGAAGUACUAAGACACAAGCCGUUCAGCACGUCAUUACCAGGAGUUUUUAAAUAGUGUGCAGGGCUUUUAUUUACCUUAAUGGCAGAGAGAACCAGGUCUUUAUUUUGAAUUUAAUGCAACACUUCCUCCAUGUUUUCCUGCAGGUCUUUUAAUCUGUCACAAUUACUGGUAAAGAAAACUUGGACUUGUGUUAUGAAAUAGUGUGCAGCUAAUCAACUCUUCAUUUUCCUGCCAACAGAUACACGUUUAAUCAAUGUUUGAGCAGGAGAGGAAUGUGUUUGUCAGUGCAGAGCAACACACAAACAAGUAAUGACUUGUUCAGGACGUGAAACAAAGUUUAAGACUUUGACUUGACUUCGGACUUGUCAGUUUCGACUUAACUAAAACCUCAAAGUCAAGACUUGGGACUAUUUGCUGCACAAGUGUGUGUAAAUGUAGCUUACGGUAGUGGUUCCUAACUCUCCAGCUGGGACCCUGCACGGUGUCUAACCAUCACUGCUAUCCAAAAUUGUGUUUAUUGUUUCAGGCUUAUCUCAAAUCUCAGAUAAACCACCUUUGAUGAGGGUUCAUCUGGUUAUUUUAAGGGGCCAAAAGGGGUUGGGAACUAGUGGCUUAUGGUACAGUCGUGAUACACAGGACAGCUGUCUGAGCACCUAGUAGGCCAGUGCUGGUGGAAGGUCCGACCCAAUUUAGGUACAUCAUCAGUCCACACUAACAGCAGCCUAGGGUUUAAGUUUGGCUAAAAGAGUAGAGCUGUGUAAAUAGAAUCAGCUCAGUUUCCUGCAUUUUCCAACACGUCGGACUGUUCUUUUAUUAUAAUUAAUCUUGUAUUUCUGCAGUUAUCAUUGUCUGUACUCUGUGGUGCAUCCUCAAGCUUUAUUUUGGUCUUUCGUUCAGUUCCCAAAGCCUUAAUUUAAAGAACCUUUUUCUCAUUUUCUGCCAUCUGAUCUGUCUCGGCUCAUCUAAAGCAUUCUAUGAAAAAUGAAAAAAAAAAUACUUUGCAGCUCAGUGUG